GUGGUCAAUGACAAACUGUCACCGCAAGAGUCGCAGAGUCGGACGACGAAGUAGUUAAUAUGUGGUAGAUUCAAGUAAAGGCAGUUCAUUUCUACACUAGCAAUGAGCAACAAAACUUCUGUGAGCUCGAGUGUUUCGGGGCAUAGGAAAAAGGAUGGUGGUUAUUUAGCUAGACAGGCAAAAGCGAAGAAAAACACAAACAUGAACGAGGAGGAUUUGACGAAAAAAGAGGUUAUUACACCCCAAGAUGUUUUAAACCUCACGAAAUGUACAAAGGAUUACCUGUGUGAUCAAAAGCGAAACAUUUAUGACAUUGAGUUUACGAGGUUCAAAAUACGAGACAUGGAUGAAGGAAAAACACUGUUUGAAAUCGCUAAACCGGAUGACAGUGAACUUGUGGACGACAACACUGACGAAGCAAUUGGCGAGGAUAUUGAAAAUGACGAAGACCCAAAUGCUGGUCGUUUCGUACGAUAUAAAUUUAGCCCAGAGUUCUUGAAAUUGCGAACUGUUGGCGCUACUGUUGAAUUUGUGGUUGGUGACAAACCUGUGAGCAAUUUUCGUAUGAUCGAGCGACAUUUCUUCAGAGACAGAAUUUUGAAAACUUUUGAUUUUUCAUUUGGUUUCUGCAUUCCAAAUAGCAAGAACACCUGCGAACAUAUAUAUGAAUUUCCAAGUUUAACUAGCCAAGAAAUUGAAGAGAUGGUGGCACAUCCUUAUGAAACAAAAUCAGACAGUUUUUAUUUUGUUGAUAAUAAACUGAUAAUGCACAACAAAGCAGAUUAUGCUUAUAAUGGUUAAGUUUAGAUGUAGAAAUGCUUUUCAAAAUUUUGAUGUAGAUUGCUAUACUGACUUACUUAAUUCUCUUACCCGCAAAUGACAUGUGAAUGUUGCUCACAUCCAGGCCUAUUCAUGUUUCAUCUCCAACUUUACUUUCAUUUAUGUCCAUCUAUGUCACACAUUAAAAUAAUAAAAAGCAAUGAUUGAAAAAAAA